AUGAAUCAACAAAUGGCUGGAGGAAAUGGAAAUUCAGGAGGAAUUCCACACCAUCACAUGGGAUAAAUGAGUGGAGGCCACGGGUACCAGUAAAUGGGAUAGAAAGAUGAGUCUAUUUAGCUGUUCAGUGCUGAAGUUUAAAGAAAUCCAUCAUGUAUAUUCUUCGGUAAUAUUCCAUAUGAUGCAACAGAUCAAGAUCUCAAAGAGACUCUAAACUUAGCAGGACCUUUUAAGGAAUUUAGGCUAAAGAUUGACUAGAAAUCCUAAUAGCCUAAAGGGUUUGGAUUUUGUGAGUAUAAAGACCCAGAUAUUGCAGCUUCAGCUCUUAGAAAUCUAAAUAAGUCGGAGAUAAAUGGACGUAAUCUUAAGGUUGACUAUGCCUCAGACAAUAAGAACGGUACUAAUCUCAAGGAGGAGGAUGUAAAGUUCAGAGACAAGGGUGAGAUCGUAAACCUAAAGGGAGACUAUGUAAAUGACCAUGAAUCAUCAGUAGAGGAAAUCUUGAAUUCUUUAAGCACUGAGUAGGAGUAGUUAUUGCUCUAUGGAAUAAAAGAAAUAUAUGAGAUGAAGAGUGCAGAGAAUCCCAGAAUUUGUGAUCAGAUGAUUGAAAAUUUGGCUUAAGAUGAAAAUUUACUAGAUAACUUGACUAGCAUGCUGGAAAGAGUGCAAGCACUUUAGGGAGGGCCACAGUUUAUGAACUAAGGAGGAAUAUUUCAUUAUAUGCCUUAGCCAGGUCAUGGUGGAGGCUAGGGCUAAUAAUAAUACUACUAUCAAUGA